AAUGAGCCGGGUAGGAAUAACACUUUAUAAGCCUGACGCCCUUCCUCCUCCCAUCCCCCCUGGCCACCUUCCAGCCUCCUCUGUUCAACCUCCUCCCCUCCCAGGCAGUCCUCACUUCUGGUUCCUCUAGGCUGCAUCCAGUGGGAGCCUCCAGCCUGCCAGAGCCAAGAGCCCAGGUGGGUUCAAGAACCUCAGCCCCAGGAUGUUGACGACACUGCUGCCAUUACUGCUUCUACUGCUCCUGCCGGGCGGGGCCCAUGGUAGCCAGGAAGCCUCAGAUGGCCCGCGGAACUUUCACAUGCUCCAGAUCUCCUACUUCCCAGACCCCCACCAAGUAUUCCACCAAGGCAACGCGUCGCUGGGGGGGCUUCCGACACACGUGCUGAAAGGUCAGGGCUCCAAUAUCACGAUCCUCCAGCUGCAUCCCUUGCAGGAGCCCAAAAGCUGGGCACACACGGAGAAAAGUGUGCGGGUCUACCUGCAGGAUUUCUACAACCUAGUGCAACUGGUGCACCAGGAGAGGGGCGUGGCCUUUCCUCUGACCAUUCGCUGCUUCUUGGGCUGUGAGCUUCCUCCUGAGGGCUCUAGAGCCCAUGUCUUCUUCGAAAUGGCUGUGAAUGGAAGCUCCUUUAUGAGUUUCCAGCCAGAGAAGUCCUCAUGGGUGGCAGAGCCCCAGGCCCAGUCCAGACUGGUCACCUACACCCUGCAUCAGCUCAACGCCUACAAUCGUACUCGGUUGGAACUGCAGGAAUUCCUGCAGAACACCUGUGUGGAGUACGUGCAGGAACACAUCAAGACAAAGUCGAAAGGGAGCCAAACAGGCCGCCCCUACACUUCGCUGGUCCUGGGUGUCCUGGUGGGCAGUUUCCUCAUCGCUGGUGUGGCUGUAGGCAUCUUCCUGUGCACAGGUGGACGGCGGUGUUAAUUACUCUCCAGCCCCCUCUGGAAAAGGGUUGGACUGAUGGGUGUCUGGCAAGGGAAGAUCUCAGCUCACAGAAAAACCAAACAGAUUCCCAGUCUGGGACAUUAUGUCCCAAAAAGUUUGGAGUGACAGCUCUUUUCUUCUCCCAGAUCUGCCCACCAAGAGUUCGGGGGCAGGAAAAGGGAAAAGUCUAGAUAGACAGAGGACUUCUAAGAACCUAAGAACGUGCAUGGUUUGCUGAAUUGGUCUGAGAAAUGAAUGCUUCUCUCUCUUUGUGGAAAAGAGAUAAUGGAGUUGGGAUGCUGAUUGUGGGGUCUGUAGCCCAUUCUUUAAAAGACAGACAGAAUCACCUGAGGCAUUCAAAACACAUAACCAAAUAAAACGAGUCAUCCACAACCAAAACAAACAACAUGCAAUGUUGUUUGUGUGUCAGACUUGGUGUAUCAGCCUUGGGAAGGGACGAUGGUAUAAUAGAAGUAGAAAGAAAUAACCAGAGAAAUGGAGGGAGUGUAAAAUCCAAGUAAUAUGGGAGCUAGCAGUUGUUAAUGAAUCAAUCAAUUAAUAAUAUUAAUAAAUUCCUUACUUACAUAUAAGGCCUUAUUAUUUCCUCUGCAAAACUUCUGGAAAAGUAGCCUAUACUCUUUGCUUCUAUUUCCUCAUCUCUCACUUACUCUUCAACCCACUGCAGUCUGACUGCUCUAAAAUCAUCAAUGAACUCUAAUUGUGAAGCCUUCAUUCUCCAUGAUAUCUGCAACAUUUCACUGUGAACUAGAACUCUUUUUACCCCAGCUUCUGAGAUUCCAUACUUCUAAUUUUUAGAAACCAUUCUGGCCACUCUUUCAAUCUAUAAGUAAGAGGGCAAGUAUGUCAUCUUACUCACUUCACCUUGGAAAUGUUAGCUUCCUUAGAAUUCCAUUUUUGGGCUCCUUUUGUUUCCCUUUAAACUCUACCUUUUCUGGGUGACCCACUAACUUCCAUGGCUUCAAAUAUCACCUAUCUGUGGUAAUUUCCAUGGGAAGCAAUAUAAUCUUGUCUUUGAGAGCUUUGUCAUUAGACAGACUUGAGUUUUAUUUCUUUGAGCCAGGCAUUUUAACUUCUUCAAGUCUCAGUUUCUUCAUAAACAAAAGCUAUGAUAAAAUGUACAAAAAGUGUA